AUGAAUGAUUAUACUUUUGACAAUGACGGUCAUAGGCUCAUGAGUGUCAAAGAUAACAAUAACAAUAAUAAUAAUAAUAAUGUGUUAUCUACAAUAAUAGAUAUUAGUUUAAAAUGUAGAAAUAGAUUGAUUGGAAUAACAGAUGAAAAGAAUGAACAAACUACUACUAUGAUUCUAGAGAACAUUAAAGAUGACCAACAAUUCAAUAUCAUUGCAAUACUAGAGUUAUUAAAUCAAGAGUUAUUACCAACACUCGAGCAUCAAACUAAUACUACUACUACUACUAGUACUAUUAAGCUAGACAGUAGAAUCGAUAAACUGUAUAGAGAUGCAUGCAUUCAUCUACAAAGGUUGAUGUGGGAUUACCUACACAUUGGAAAUUGGAAGGACGUCCCAAUCAUGUAUCGUGAUCUCUAUAGUUAUUCAUCAAUCAUAUUAACUUUAAUUGAUGUAUAUAAUAAUAAUCAAAAUAAUAAUAAUCAAAAUAAUAAUAAUCAAUAUAAUAAUAAUAUUGAUAAUCAAAAAAAGGAGAUUGUUAAAUCAUUAGACUAUGCUCUACUAGUUGGUGGUAGAUUAUUUCAUCAAUAUAUUAUUGAUUUGAUUGAUUUAAUAUCUUCAUCCUCUUCAUUGUCCUCAUCAUCAUCUUCAAAUAAUAUUAAUAUUAAUAAUAAUAAUAUAGAUAAUAAUAAUAAUGGCGUUGAAUUUAAAUUGGAAAAAGAAAUGGUAAAAGAAAAGAUGGUAGAGAGAAUUAGAUUACCAUCAUUACAAUCAUUUAAAAAGGAUUUUAUGGAGUUGGAUAGACCGGUGGUUAUAACAGAUGCAAUGACUGCUUGGCCAGCAUGUACGACACGACAUUGGAGUGAUUUGGAUUACCUUAAAAAGGUGGCUGGAUUUAGAACGGUUCCUAUUGAAAUUGGAAGAACCUAUUUGGAUCAAGAUUGGUCUCAAAAAUUAAUUACACUUGAUCAAUUCAUCAAUCAAUAUAUAUUAAAUCAAAAUAGUGAUAAUAAUAGUAAAAGUAUUGGAUAUUUAGCACAAACACAAUUAUUUGAUCAAAUACCAAUACUUCAAAAUGAUAUUAUUAUACCAGAUUAUUGUACACUUUCAACAAAUAAUAAUAAUAAUACAAAUAAUAAUAGUAAUAAUGUUAAUAAUAAUAAUAAUAUAGAGGAACAAAUAUUUAUGGUAAAUGCCUGGUUUGGACCAAAGUAUACAACAACACCAUUACAUUAUGACCCAUACCAUAAUUUACUUUGUCAGGUGGUUGGUAGAAAGUUUAUUAGAUUGUAUGGCCAUGAUCAAUCUGAUAAAUUGUAUGCACACGAUCCUGUCAGCGGACAGGAAUCAUCAAUGCUUAAAAAUACUAGUCGCGUCGAUAUUGAAUCACCCGAUUUCGAUAAAUAUCCCCUUUUCAAACAAGCAUCAACCUACCUAGACAUUAUAUUAGAAGAAGGUGAAAUGUUGUAUAUUCCUCCAAGAUGUUGGCAUUUUGUUAAAUCAUUGUCUACUUCAUUCUCUGUUAGUUUCUGGUGGAAUUGA